AUGGAAUCCAUGGAAAUCUGGGUGUUUGAAGCGCCAGAGCUCUCAGAUAACCCUAUAGCAUCUGAAGACGAGGCGUUUACUCAGUUCAAGACGAAAAAACGGCUAGACGCUAUACGUGCAGCACAUUGUAUGGUUUUGAUUAUGUGCUGGGAAGGCUCUGAGCAGACCAUUCGUCGAGCCCGCCGAGAAAGAUACUCGAAAAUCAUCGACGUGGCACGUAGUUUGUUAAAAGUUCAGCCGACGCACACCAAUCUCGGUGACUAUAUCCAGGCCCCCAAUAUCUUUGAAGCAUGGAAGCGUUUUGUACACAAGGAGGAGCUAUUGAGAACGCUCAGCUACGUUUUUAAACUCGACUGCGCCUACGCCAUCUUCAACAAUUGCCUGCCACGGAUGACAAUUCCUGAGCUACAGUUCACUCUAUCUUGUCCAGAGAUUUGCUUCCAAGCCAAUAGCCCUGAUGAGUGGUUGAUGCAUGCGAAAUCAUGGCAUGAGAGUACCAUUGGCAUACAGCUACCAAAUCUGUCGGAUGUAGUGCGUAUUGUGUUGCAAGAGGAGCUAUCUGUCCCCGAUUGGCGGCUGCUACAGGAGAUGAGUAGCCUCAACUUUUUUGCAGUAAUCAGUGCCUUACACGCGAUUAUAUUCCACCUUCGGCACUUGUCGCUGGGUAAUGUUGAUACCCAGCAGGUGCACCGCGGAUUGCGACACUGGAUCCAAGCAUGGGCGCACCGCCAGACGAUUCUUAGCGCCUACGACAAGUAUCACGUCAAUCCCCACGACUCGUGGAAGCGUGUUGGUUUCAUGCGCCACGUGCAGGAAUACUGGCGGUUAGCACUCGUCUUUUGCCGUCAGCUCGAGAGCGAUCAGGCAGGUCUCUCGGAGUCUAGUACCUGCCGUAGUGUCUCCGUAGGGAACAGAAGCCUUGAUGAGACCGAUAUGCGCCACGUUCACGAUCUUAUUGUAAAGUUCCAACACGUAAACCUCGGAGAGUACGACCUCUAA